UGCUGGACCCAAGGGAGACAACAUUUAUGAAUGGAGAUCAACUAUACUUGGGCCUCCAGGUUCUGUAUAUGAGGGAGGAGUUUUUUUCCUUGAUAUCACCUUCUCUCCAGACUAUCCAUUUAAACCACCUAAGGUCACAUUUCGGACAAGAAUUUAUCACUGUAAUAUUAACAGCCAAGGAGUGAUUUGCUUGGACAUUUUAAAAGACAACUGGAGCCCAGCAUUAACUAUAUCUAAAGUCCUUCUCUCCAUCUGUUCACUUCUUACAGACUGCAAUCCUGCUGAUCCCCUGGUCGGAAGUAUUGCUACUCAAUAUAUGACAAACAGAGCAGAGCAUGACAGAAUGGCCAGACAGUGGACCAAGAGAUAUGCCACAUAGGAAACUGCUAUAGAACAUGCUGGACCUGUGCAAGCACAUUCACUAAGUGCAUCAGUAACCCUCCCUUUUAAUUUUUAUUAAAUUUUAAGUAUUUUGUGAUAAAGUUGAUUAUACUUCCCCUUCCCCUUUUUAUUUUUAUUAUUUUAUUUUAUUUUUCGGCUGAACUUGAAAAGUGUAUCUUUAAAUACAGAUUGGGAAUUUGGGUUACAGUGCAAGGAAUGUUGAAUUUGUAAUAGUAUAGAGCUUUGUCACAAAGCUUUGUAUUAAUGUAAUUUUUCUUUGUGUGUUUUGGGAAAAGCAAGCAAACUCAGAACUAUAUAUUGUUUCUACUUAAAUGUAGUGUUUAGAGGGUUUGGGUUUUUUUUUUUUAAUGGAAGUCUCUAAUGGUGGGUGCAUGUUACUGGGAACAGGUUUUCUAUAAAAAGCAUAAAAUCAAGAAUCACUGUGCAUUAUUAAGACUAUGUUUUAACACAAGGCUACUGGGUUGAACCAGGUGAUAUGUAUUUUGUUUUACUUAUAUAAAAAAGUGCUUGUAAAUUUCUUAGGGACCUGCCACUUUUGAUUACAGAUUAGUUGAUGUACACUUGUAUUAUUAAAACACUCAAUAAAAACACUGUGGCUAAUCAUAUGCAUUUCUUGUAAGGGAGUACUUUUGCUCCUUGUGGAAUAGAUCCAAAUUGGCCCUGCAUUUAUCUGAGCCUAGAUAAAACUAAUGGGUUUUUAAUUUGUGCUUUCUUCUAAGCUAGUCAUUUUUUGAAAGAAAAACUCCAGGGUCAGAAUUUGUAGACUCAUCAUAGAAAAUUAUCUCACAAGCAAAUUCUUAAAUGUAUACUUUGUUUGGGCUCCUGAUCAUCUUCUCUUACAGUGGUGCUUAAAACUCUAUGAACCCUUUUGAAUUUUCAAUAUUUCUGCAUAAAUAUGAUUUAAA